ACUAAUUGGUGUCACUGAUUGACUAUAUUCACAAAGCAAGUCGUAUUUUCAUGAUUAAAUUGAAAAAAAGUAAAUAUCCUUCCAAUUACAUUACUUGAAAAUGAAAAUUUAUUACCCUUACCCUUACCCUUACCCUUACCCUUACCCCUCACUUUCAGGUUUGUAAUUCGCAAAAUACUAGAUCAAAAAAAACUUAAAGAUCGAGGUGAAUGAGGUCUAAUGAGCUUUAAUGUAUAAUGAAUUAAUGAGAUUAAUGGGAUAACGAAGUAACGAACCCCUUACAAAGUCUCCUUCCAAAUUAGAAAUAUAUAAACUUGACCCUUCAACAUUCAUACUCAAACUAUAUUUAGCUCCAUCACACUAAUGCCUCUAUAAAAAUCAUUUCAGAAUUGUGAGAAACGUCUCAUAUAAGAUUUACUCUCGACUCAUAAUCAAAGAUGGAAAUGUUUUCAUCACAGUUCGGCUCCAACCUAGCUGGUUUAAUGUUCAUUUGGACAAUCUACCGGCAUUACCUCCCUCCCAAAAUACAUGAAGCCAUCGAGUAUUUCACUUCUCGUUAUACUCAUAAGUUGGCUAGUUUCUUUUCCCCUUACCUCGAUAUCACCUUCAAUGAGUACUCGAAUCGAUUCAAUCGAAACGAGGCCUACGAUGCGAUCCAAAGCUACCUUGGUGAAAAAUCUUCAACAGAAGCUAAAAGCAUGAACGCUAAUUAUGAUGAAGGUGCCAAGAGUUUGUUGAUAAAAUUGGGAGAUAAUGAAGAGAUCAUGGAUGAUUACAGUGGUGUUCAAGUCUGGUGGUCUUUUGUCAAACAACACGUUGAACAACCCGUCAUCUCUUACUACCGAAACUCCAAUGAAUUAAGACACUACACUUUGGUGUUUCAUGCCAAACACAGAAAAUUUAUUCUAGACAAGUAUUUACCAUAUGUUUUCGAGGAGGGUGAAGCGAUUACAAAUCGAAACAAGAAGCGAAAACUAUACACAAAUGGAGAUGAUGGAGAAAUGUGGGAUAAUUGCAUUGAUUUCAAACACCCUGCAAGAUUCGGGAUGUUGGCAAUGGAGGAGGCUAAAAAACAGAUGAUCCUCGAGGACUUACAAUGGUUCAAGGGCGCAAAAGAGUACUACGCACAAAUUGGAAAACCAUGGAAGCGAGGUUACCUUCUAUACGGCCCCCCUGGAACAGGAAAAUCAACACUAGUAGCAGCCAUGGCUAAUCUGCUAGACUACGACAUCUAUGAUCUUGAAUUGACAGCCGUUAAGAAUAACAAGCAACUGAGAAGACUACUAAUCGAAACGACUUGUAAGUCCAUCAUUUUAAUAGAAGAUAUAGAUUGUUCGUUGGACUUAACAGGACAAAGAGCAGAGAAAAAAGAAGGAGACGAAGAAAAGGCCGACGAAAAAGACCCUUUGAAGAAUAAACAUGCAGGAGAAAAAGAAGCGAAAGACAAAAAGAAGAAAGGAAGUGAUGUAACUUUGUCUGGUUUACUAAACUUUAUUGAUGGAAUUUGGUCAGCUUGUGGAGAAGAGAGGAUCAUUGUGUUUACGACUAAUCAUGUGGACAAACUCGAUCCUGCUCUAAUUCGGCCUGGUAGAAUGGACUUGCAUAUCGAGUUGUCUUACUGUCGAUAUGAAGCAUUUAAGAUGUUGGCUAAGAAUUAUUUACGGCUUGAGUCACAUCCUUUGUUCGAAACCAUUGGGAACUUGUUGGAGGAAAUAGAUGUUACUCCUGCCGAUGUAGCUGAAAAUAUUAUGCCUAGAUCACUCAAGACUACUACUGCUGAGGAUUGUUUAAAGAAACUAUUUGUUUACCUUGAGAAGUCAAAGAAAGAAAAGAAGUUGAAAGCUGAGCAAGAACUUAUGUUAGAAGGUGGAGAGAAGUUAGCGUCAGGGGAAAUAUCUGGUUAAAAGAAAAACAUCUUUGAAGUAAACAACCAAUGAAACUCGUCAUUUUCAAAAUAUUGUAACGAGUUUUAUUUAUGUUUUCACACUUUUUUAAUAAAAAAUUAUCUCUUUUAACACUCUUUUCCAAUAAUAUAAAUCUAAUAAAGUGAAUAACUUUUAAGAGACGAAAGGAGGAAUAUUUUUGUGAUAUAACACACCGUAAUGAGAAGCCAUUAGCUACAU